AUGGAUACCGAUGCUGCUGUUAGUGAGCUCCAACCACGCCCAUGGGGAGAAGGUCCAGCCCUGUGGGUAGACGAGAGCACUGGCGAGGUGACGGAGCCCGGACUCCAGGAAGCCUAUGACCUGGAUGCUCCGUUUAUCCUCGCACGGGACCAACCUUUUCGGAUGAAUUUAGUGUUCGGUGUCAUCCUACGGCACGUGGAGAGACGCUAUCGCUAUUUCCAUCCUUACGCUGUCGAUCCUCUCUUUACUAGUCCUCUCUAUAUCACCGAGUUGGAGGAUCUCGAACGGUUACACCAGAGACUGGAAAGCUUAGAUGUCAUGUCUUUACUCCUCAAACAACGCCCCGAUACCAAAUGGAAACCUGUUUUGAAUACCAAUUGUUUGGCAUUGCAUCGAGAUCCUUCAAGUCGGGGUGCUUUAGAAAAGCCUAUCAAAGCUCUUUACUAUCAGUGGGUCAUGUACUGUCGGGACCAUCAUCUCCACUCUUUCUAUAAGAUUGGUCCCGAAGAGUAUAAAGGUCUCGACCCAGCUCUCUUACCUCACUUUGAAGCCUGUUUCCGUGUGAAUGUGAGCGUGUUCACUCUUGACGUGACAGGAGUAGCUCAACUCGUGUAUAAAUCUCGAGGGUUGUAUCAGGAACACAUGCAUUUAAAUCAAUUCGAAAAUCAUUUGUCCCUCAUCACCGACAUGACCAUCUAUUGUAAACGCUACCAGUGUCCCAUGUGCGAACGUCUCUUCAGGCGUCAAAACAAAUGCAACGAACACCAACGUCGUUGCACAGGUCAAACGACUUUGUGGUUCCCGGGUGACAACCACCCCACCCAAGGUAAACCUACUCGCACACAUUCUACACCCGAGACUAAGUGGAGAAAGCGUGUGAGCGAUCACUGCGGGAAGCUUCUGGGAUACUGUUCUCAAGUCCCCGUCCUCGGAUUUAAUUCAGCUCGUUACGACCUGAAUAUCAUUAAGGAGAAACUUCCCAAACAUCUCUCUCUCGACGACGAAUCUCAGGCUUUCAACGUCAAGAAAAACAAUGCUUAUUUGUGUCAAAGUAAUCAAAGUUUCCAAUUUCUUGAUGUCAUGCAAUAUCUCUCCCCCGGAACGAGUUAUUCUCAGUUUUUGAAAGCGUUUGGAGUGCAAGAAAAAGGGAUUUUCCCGUACGAGUAUCUUGACACCCCGGAAAAGCUAAACGAAACUCGACUUCCCCCUCUGGGUGAGGCGUGGUAUUCCAGUCUCAAACAGAAGUCCGUCCUAGAUGUCUGCUAG